GUAAGUGGCUACUUAGUAAGAAAACAAAGACAGGCGUCUCUUAUUCUACAGCUGCGGGGGUUUGACGAUGGAGCAUCUGUACUGCGGAUGCAAAAGGAAAUCAGCAAUCCUUCUCUGUUACUGACAUCUUCUGAAGCAGCUCGUUUUGGAGGCGCUGGAUUUCUUUACUUCGCGCGCAUUUUCUACAGGAAUCAUUAAGAUCCACAGGUCUUUAGAUUCACGAGCAUCGCCAUGGAACAGCAGCGUCCGCUUCUAGCUUAAGCCGUUUACGGAUGUUUGUAUCUCGGAAGACUCAAUCUGAGACGCCGCCCUGUUAUUACAGCUCCCAGCAUGGCAACUCACAUGAGGCUUGUGUUGCAUUUGUUAUUGCUGUUCCUAUUUGCUGUGCAGGAGGUCCGGCUGGUGUGUGUGGAUGUGCCAUCCAACUCAGAGGCCAUUGUAGGGCAUGCUAUGAAGUUAACCUGCAUCUACUGCAUGAAACGAGAGGAGAUCUCUGCUGUGACCAAAGUGGAUUGGUACUACAUCAGUCCUGAUAAAGAACUAAUGCUGAUCUAUCAGUAUGACGGUCAGCCGCAGGAGCCCAAGGACGUAAAAAUGCAGUGGAAGGGCCGCCUGAUGUGGAACGGCAGCAAGGACCUGCAGGACCUCUCCAUUAGUAUCAAAAACGUUACUUUAAAUGACACUGGCACAUACAAUUGUGAGGUGUCCCGCUCAUUUGAAUUCGAUUCAUUCAAGCAUUCUGUCACCAAGACAACCACAAUCGAUCUGGAGGUGAAAACGGAAGCGAGUCAAGACAUCGCAGCGCUGUACUCUGAGAUAAUGAUGUAUGUGCUCUUGGUGUUCCUCACAUUCUGGUUGCUGGUGGAGAUGAUCUACUGCUAUAGGAAGAUCUCCAGAUCUGACGAACAGGCACAGGACUCUGCGACAGACUACUUAGCCAUUCCCUCUGAAAAUAAAGAAAACCCGGGCCCUGCUGUAACGGAAUAAAAGUCUUUCACCAUUACGGUACUGACCGGUCUUUAUAGAAACCGGUUUAAAAUGGAGAACAGGCACUGAUAUCGUUCUAACACGCUGAAAGCUGCUUUGAGAAACCAGGAGACCUGCCAGAUCAAAUCCCUCUCGUCUUGAUAAUGUGAUGUGUGGAACAAACUCUUGACUGGUCCAUUAUCUCCCACUGUCUCAGUGGAGCUCAGCCGUAACUCGCAUCUAAUCUCAGACUCAUGAAGAUCUGUAUGUGUCUGUGUCUAUCCUCAACUUUUGCCUUAGUAGAGACACGAAUACAGCAGCCCAGAGCUGAAGAGCUAUCAUACUGCCUAUACGCGCACUUUUCUUAAACAGACGUCAAUCAUUAUUGUCAGAAUGCCCAUGUGAGCCUUUCCCUCUUUGGUAUACGCUGCUCUUAACUCUUUUGAUAGAAAUAGAUGUAAAUAAGUCUGGAUUCCAAUUAGACUUGGUUUUUAUUGUAGUGUUUUCUAUUUGCAUUGUAGUAUUUUUUUUAUUUUUUUUAUAGUGUUUUAUUUAAGAAAAGAACUUUAGAGUCACACAGAUUUGCCACUUUGCGAUCAAUAAUAAGUGAAACUGUGGCAGGUAAACAACAGUAAUGAGGACAUACUGUGUACAGCAGUGAAAGCUCUUUGUGUGACUGAACACAUGCCGUCAUCUGCGUUUACAUUGGUUAUUGCAGACAUUCUUGCAGCACUGAAGUUUACGGGUUUUAAGGGGAUUCAGAUUUAACUAUCAGUGUCAUUACAUUAUUCCACUGAAUGCCUUGUCAACAACGGCAGUUUGUACUGAAGUCACAUUGCAACCUUUUGCUAUUGUUCAGUGGUGUUCAGCAGCAGUGAUGGGAUAUACAGUAACAGUAUAUACCGUACCUUGAACAUUUGCUUUAUAAUUCCACAGACUCAUUUCAGAUUGACUGUUGACAGCUAAGAAGUGACAAAAUCUAUUCAGCUGUUAAAAUAACACUAUGUGUUUGUAUUUCCUUUUCUCCACUGUUGCUGUUAUGAAUAUAUAGAUUAGUAUUUUAAAGUUUUGUUAUUUCCAGUGGUGCAGGCUUGACUCUCUUUUAACUUUGCAUUGUUUUAUAUAGGUAAUUUACCGCCGCACAAACACUGCACUUGCUCUACCCUGUUAUAAUGGAGCUUCUCAUCACUUGUCAAAGCUUGUCAUGUCUAUUAAACCAGGCAAUGCAUUUAAAAACACAUGUCUGAAUGCUUAUUAUUUAGAGACAUUCUCUGCCAGCCUUAACCCAUGGCAUAUGGGUGCUAAAAUAUAUUUAUUUUAAAUGAAAACUCUU